AUGAUGAAACAUAAAAGCAAAUAAACUUUAUUGCUGUUUACUAUUGUCUUCUUAACAUUACUGCUCCCACACACAUAAGCACUAGAUCACUUUAAUCAAUAAGACAUUGAAGAGUAAUUAAUCGCCUUUGAAGAGUCUUACAAGAAUUACGUUAUUGAAAACAGGAUUCAACUCUAAUAAUCAUUUGAUCCCUCAAGUGACAUCAGGAAAAUUAUAUACAAUGCGAUGGAUGGAUUUCUGCUGUUCACAUAUAUAAGCAACUCUGAGUUGUGUGUGAAGAAUAUAGACAAUUACGUUAUGGACUUGUUCAACAUGACAAUCAGUAUUAUUGAUAAGGAAUAUUUGGAAGGCACAUUUAAUUUCACCAAUUCAAUGGGUAGAUUUUCUCCCAUUCUGAGAAAUUGCUUCGAAGUAGGCGGUUCUCUAGACAGAAACUGGAAAUCGUAUUGGUUAAGAUGGCAAAACGCAACUUCUGCUUACAAAAUGAUUAAGAAGAAUAUUGUGUAGAAUUACACAGACCUUGAUACUAGGGGCUCAAGUUUAUAUGAUUCCCUCGUCUCUAAAAAUUUUCCUCAAAUUAGUUUCGACUCAUUCAGAAUAGUCUUCCUUAUAUUUUUCUAAGAUCUGGCUUAAAAGACUCCACUCUAAUACGAUACAAUUAAAAAAGCUUUGAAAGCAAGUGCAUAGGAUCUUAUCAACAAAUAUCCUCCUGAUUUGCCUUCCUUUGACUACGCAGCUUUAGGAAGUCAAUAUCUUUAUCACUAUUUAAGAGGAGCUUAACUGUAGGAUAAGGAUAAAUUAGAUCAGUGCGAGUAGAAUAUUACCAUGUUCUCUUAUGAUUACUAUAAUGCAAUAGAUUACUAUAAUUGGGGUUAAUCUAUAUAAAACAGUUCAGAAAUAAGGGAAGGAGUUUUCAGAGUUGCAGAUUCUUUCAUGAGACUUACAAAUUUGACCUUUUCUUGCUAUACUGUUUAUGAUCUGACAUAGUAUACAAUAAAAACUACAGUCAAAUAUAACGUUUACAACCCUAUCAUUAUCCUUUACAAUGCUGCCUUUGAAUUCUAUUACAUACUAAGCGCAAUAGCAGCGGAAUUUGCUAACGUUGUUUACUAAGACUGGACGAGCUUUGCAUAUUGGUUAGGAGAUUUAACCCAUAGACUUAUCGUAGUAAACCACAGGCCAACCGCUUGA